AAAAUUUUCAAUAUUUUAUGAAAUUGUAGUUCCCUAUAAAAGUACACGGAAUUCUCUGCAAAGUGAAUUCUAGGGAGAUAACUACUUGCGUAAUGUUGGUUGCUCGAUUAUGAAUAAGGGGAUGGGCAUUUUCUAUUGCCGAAACGUUUGGUUAUGUUUUUAAAAUUCCUAUAUCUUUUAGCACUCUUUAACUUUUGUCGGUGCUCCAUUGGUGACAAAUCGCCUUACUACGAAAGAUGUUUGCUAACGUGCGAAAAAGAUUUCUGCGGCGCAGGUGGCGAUGAUUUUAUCGAUGGUUACUCGCAACCCCUACAUUUGCGAUUAAGUUUAUGGUCUUGUAGAGAUGAAUGCAAGUAUGGGUGUAUGUGGAAAACCGUAGACCAAUUUACAGCACGGAAUUGGAGGAUCCCCCAGUUUUAUGGAAAAUGGCCAUUUGUGAGGAUUUUUGGCAUCCAAGAACCCGCGUCGGUGGUUUUUUCUCUGCUAAACCUUUACGUCCACAUAAAAAUGAUCCAGAAAUUCCGGAAAGUUGUAAGACCUGACAGCCCCCUCUUUUGGCUGUGGCAUGUUUUUUGUCUGAUAUGCUGUCACGCUUGGCUCUGGUCGUCCGCGUUUCACGCCCGUGACACGCCUUUUACCGAAUUGAUGGACUACGCUUGCGCGUUCUCCAUCAUUCUCGUCAAUUGUUACGUCAUGCUGAUCAGGACGCUGCGGGGUAUUCUUCCCCGCUUCGUAGCGACAGGGCUGUCCGUAUUUUUUUUGGCAUUCUUCGCCAAUCAUUCGGUAUAUUUGGGCACAGGCGACUUCGAUUACGGUUACAACAUGGAACUUAACGUGCUGAUAGGUACGUUCACAGCUAUUAGUUGGUUUUCGUGGUCGGUGUACAACAAAGACAGACAACCAUACGUGUGGAAGUGCGCCAUCUACGUGUCCCUUACAGGACUCGUGCUUCUGCUCGAAGUUUUGGACCGCCCUCCGUUCUUUUACCUGUUCGACACACACUCGUUGUGGCAUUUGGCCACUGCCCCCCUAGUCGUGCUGAUUUACAGUUUCGCAAUUGACGACUGCCAUUAUCUAAGGAAAAUUGAACUGGAACAAGUGAAAGACGAUUUGAAAUCUAAGAUAGAAUAAUUUUUAUUAUUUUACUGAAUAAGGCUGUAAUAAAAUAAGAUCUAAAUGUAAAUGUAAAUAUUGUUUAAAUA